ACAUUUACGAGUUCGUUACGCAUUUUGUUAAACUAAAAUUUAUUUUACCAUUCAAAAGUUGGCAGACUCUCUAUAAGUGAACGUUUUCAAGAGACAGAAAGAAAAUAAUAAAAUAAAAUAUAUAUAACGUGCGCAAAGUAGUAUAAAACUAAAAAAACCUGUUCUGUACUAAAAAAAAUUUACAUAAAUCUAAAAAAAUAAACCCCAAAAAUUACUCAAGUUUGUAAUAAUUAUUAAAAGAUUGGUAAAGCAUUUUACAGAUUUUCCAUAUAAAUAAUGUUAAAAUAAAUAUUAGUCAUUGUGUCUAAAGCGGGAAAACCCCCUUAAAAUGAUUUUAGUGAUUUUUCUAUGUCUCAGCAUUCAACACACAGCAUCAACAAUUCAGUUAGCAAAGAUUGUUAAUACCGUCAAUACGUUAAACGGUGCAGAUAAUAUUUAAGAUUUUUAUUAAAAUAAAAAUAAACAACAAAAGUUUAUAAUAAAUAAAUACUUAAUAAUAUUUAUAAAAAAAAACAAAGAAAAGAAAAUCUAACAACACAAACAAAUAAUAAUCGUGAUAAGAAACCAUUGGGGCAUUUUAAAGCGAAAGUCUAUACAAACUUUAUGUGAAAGUCCAUAAAUAUUUUAGAAUUUUAACAAUUCAAGCGAAUUUUAUACACUCGAAUAACAACAUGACAACAGAUCAUCAUCCACACACAUCUUUACAAAUGGACAACAACAAUUUAAGUCAAGAAAUGGAGGAUCUAACAGAUAAAAAUGAUCAUCAACACGAUUUAUAUCCACCUUCAGAAAUUGAUGAUAUUGAUGGUCGCAUACCACGCAUUCCAAGAGCAGGUCCACGUAUGGGUGUCGAUGAUGGUCUAUUGCCAAACGAUGAACAUGGUGUUGUAGCAAAUCAUCAUCCUGUAAAGCCACCCACUAGACGCCCCAGCUUUGCUUUUCCCGGUUAUGAUGGUACCGGUUUUGUAAAUAUUAAUGGCGUUGAAACCCCCAUUCCCGACAUAAAUGCUUAUCAACACAAAAAGACUUUGGCACAAGGAAUGAUGGAUCUGGCAUUAUUAUCAGCCAAUGCCAAUCAAUUGCGUUAUGUGCUGGAGUCCUAUGACCGACAUCCCUACUAUUAUGCCAGUUUAAUUUUUAUUUCUUUAAGCAUUAUUUUCCAAAUCGUAGUUGGAGUUGGUUUAAUACUCAAUAGUAAAUACAACGUUAAAAACGAAAAGGAAAUUUGUCGUGCUAAUAAAGUCAAUAAUUAUACAGUUAUUGGUAUUUUUAUUGUUACGGUAGUAAAUGUUUUUAUAUCCGCCUUUGGUGUGGCCGAUCCUCAAUCAGAACGGAAUACAUAAAAUCUUUAAGAAUAUUUUAAAUUUAAGUAGUUUUUAAGUCUAUCUCACAAAACCCUUUUUGAAUCCCAUCGAAUGAAAUUAUUUUUUUUAUUAAAUGUUAAUUUAUGAAUAUAUGUAAAUAUUUAUUGAUAUAAAUAAAUAUUUAUUAAAAUGCGCUUAAGAAAACAA